CAGCCGAGGAAACAUCGGAAGGUUUCGACGACGUUGGUAUGAAAUGGCAGAAACUGCCUGGGUCGCGGAAGCACUGAGACUAGAUUGCGUAGAAGCUACACAUGUAUCUUGCGGUGUUCCCAGCCUGCUAGUGUGACGGAAACGGGAGUGUAACCGGAGGGAAGAAAGGGAUUAAAGCGCUCUUUUCCUUCUAAACACCGUCCAGGUUGUGUCUCCGGCAGCAGGCAGCGAGUUGCGACUGCGGGGUCGACACUGUUGGAAUUAACCAGAGAGGGGUCUUGAGAGGCGAGCUCCACUUGGAUGCCCAGUCACCGCUUUUGUCCAAGGCUUCACCAUGAACCGAAACAAGCGUGAAAGGGAGUACUACAGUAUAGAUGUGGGCGAUUCAACUUUUACAGUUUUAAAGCGCUACCAGAACCUAAGACCCAUUGGAUCCGGAGCACAGGGAAUUGUUUGUUCGGCGUACGACCACAACUUGGAGAGGAACGUUGCCAUCAAGAAGUUGAGCCGACCCUUUCAGAAUCAAACUCACGCAAAACGGGCCUACAGGGAACUGGUGCUAAUGAAAUGUGUCAACCACAAGAAUAUUAUUGGGCUGUUAAAUGUUUUCACACCACAGAAGACACUGGAGGAAUUCCAAGAUGUGUAUCUAGUAAUGGAACUGAUGGAUGCUAACCUCUGUCAGGUGAUUCAGAUGGAGCUGGACCACGAGAGGCUGUCCUACCUGCUCUACCAGAUGUUGUGUGGAAUCAAACAUCUGCACGCUGCAGGGAUCAUACACAGGGACCUGAAACCCAGCAACAUCGUGGUAAAGUCCGACUGCACACUGAAGAUUCUGGAUUUUGGUUUAGCCCGGACGGCCGCCACUGGUCUCCUCAUGACGCCCUACGUGGUGACACGUUACUACCGCGCCCCUGAAGUGAUCCUGGGAAUGGGCUACCAGGCCAACGUUGAUGUCUGGUCUGUUGGCUGCAUCAUGGCUGAAAUGGUCCGGGGUAGUGUGUUGUUUCCAGGCACUGAUCAUAUUGACCAGUGGAACAAGGUGAUCGAGCAGCUGGGGACGCCAUCUCAGGAGUUCCUGAUGAAGCUCAACCAGUCCGUGAGGACCUAUGUGGAGAACCGGCCACGGUACGCUGGCUACAGCUUCGAGAAGCUUUUCCCUGAUGUCCUGUUUCCUGCAGACUCUGAGCACAAUAAACUGAAAGCGAGCCAAGCCCGUGACCUCCUAUCAAAGAUGCUGGUAAUAGAUGCAUCAAAGCGGAUCUCAGUGGAUGAGGCUCUCCAGCACCCCUAUAUCAACGUGUGGUACGACCCAACUGAGGUGGAGGCACCACCACCGGUGAUCACAGACAAGCAGCUGGAUGAGCGGGAGCACACAGUGGAGGAAUGGAAAGAGUUGAUAUAUAAAGAAGUCCUAGACUGGGAAGAAAGGACAAAGAAUGGCGUCAUCAGGGGACAGCCGGCGUCCAUAGGUGCAGCAGUGAGCAGCAGCCCCCAGCAGCACCACCAGCACCAUCCCUCCACUUCUUCCUCCACCUCCGCCAAUGAUGUCUCCUCAAUGUCCACCGACCCAACCCUGACCGACACCGACAGCAGCCUGGAGACAGUCGGCCCCGCCGCCGCCGCUGCUGCUACGGCCUCCGGCCCCAUGGGCUGCUGCAGAUGACUAUCGCCUACACCUGGUUCUGGGCUGGGCCACACCACCUGGUCACAUCCAAGACCACCAGCCCGACAUCGGCCCCCCGACCCACCCGCUGUGUUUGCCUCCCCUCCGUGCUCGUCUUCAGUAGUGUAGCUUUAACUAGCUAGCUGUUUGAAACAUUUCUGAAAGGACAGAUCUUUUUCUUUUUUAAUGAAAGCUGUAGUCUUUUUAAAAAAAAAAAACAUAAUUAGGAUUUCUUUUCAUUUGAGUCCUAGCUGUAAUUUAUUGUGGCAUUUCUUAAUUUUUUCAGAAACCUGAGAUGAUCAGAGAAUUUUUAUCAUUUCACUAUAUUCCGGUUUGUAUGAGCCAACAGUGAAAAUUUAAAGAAAUAUCUGUAAAAUGUUUCAAUGUGAUUUUUUUUUUUUUUUUUUUUUUUUUUCCCCACUUGUUAAGCUACUGCUUUUACAAUUUGCCAUAUACAUGUAGAUUGAGUUUGUACAGAUUUUAUUGUAGAUGUAGUUUUAUUCUUGGAUACAAGUUUGCAGUGAGCCAUUGAAAACCUAAUUUAAUUGACAAACUUUGUCUUAGUUCUCCCCCCGUUUCUAUUCUCUCUCCCAUAAUGUGGAUAUUAGAUCAUAUGUAUAUCCUUUUAUUUGAACUCUUUUGAAUCACUACUACAUUCAUUGUAAAUUUUAACUUUAACGAAAGCUUUAUAAUCAACAUAUUUUUCCCAUCAUUUAAAAAUGCUGACAUUUUCUCCCCAUGUGAUUGAUUUUUGUUUUUGUUUUUUUUACCUUCUACUCUUACUACAGGAUUGGUAAUGGCACAGUUAGGUCCUGGAGGAUAUCCUCUCAAUGACUGUCUUCUGUAUUAUUUUUAAGUGCUUUUAAAGUACCUCUUAUCUGCAGCUGGCUGUGCGACACGUUGGACGUGGAUACGCGGAAUAGUUUCAGUAUCAAUUCGGGACUUCAGAAUGUUCUUCAUCGUGCUUCGGGAGGUUUUUGUAAGACGUAGAGUAGUUUCAAGUUGCGAAGUUGGCGAUGGCGUAAGUGGAAUGUGUUUCGGUCAAGUAGGGCGACGUGAUAUUCGAGAACGCAUGCGAACGUGUUGAUAUUUGGCAUCUCGGAGCGACAGCGGUUAGGUGUAAAAGGUGUGUGUCUCCUUACUCCCGGAUCCCCUUAUUAGUUAUGCGUUUUUGUUUUCAAUUUUUGUAAAAAUCAGCGAACACUUUGCGAACUAGACUUGCCUGCAACUAUGGAUCAAACUAACUAUAUCUAUAUAUAAACUAGCAGCACAAAAACCAGAGUCAAAAGAAACAAAUUUUUUCUUACUGUAUGCAAUAAUAGCGUCCUGUUUUGAGUGUAUAUGAUUUUUGUGUUGAAAGGAAAAGUGCCUGUUUGUCAUUCAUUCCUGAGUGCGUGUAGGAGGGAGCGUUUUAUCCGUCAGCUUCUGGAUAACAACGGUAGUUUCCAUGUCAGAGCGGUGACGUGCGAGGGGAGGUCGUAGUUCUCACGAGCGUGUUGUAUAUUUUUCUACUUGUUUUGGUUUUGGACUGUUGAGCAAGAGACUGCGGUGUCUUGCAGGAGAGGGUGGUGGUGACGUAUGCAUUGAGGUGCUUAUGCAUUUGUUGGAGUCAUUUCAGAAGAAGAGGCAGUUUUACCAAGGUCUUUCAUCAAAGUAAAAAGAAGUGUUUCUUUGCAGUGACAGCAACCAACAUAUAGAAUAAUGACAAUUUUUAUACAUGUAAUUUUCUUUAAGUAGUUCAUUUAAUUUGUUGACUGAUGGACAGAAAGAGGAAGUGCUGGGUCAAGCUAUAUGAGCAAACUCUGCGACUGAAUUCAUGUUAGUAUUUUAAAAAGCUUUAGAUAAAGUUUAAUAUUGGAACGGCAGAUUGACACUAUAGUAGAAAAAAGGCAGAGCCACACAGCCACAGCGCACAUAACACUUGUGGUAUUAACUGAAAGAAAUGUCCUUGCCAUGUUGAAUGAGCUAGCCAUAUUAGCUUAUUUCCUGCGGCAAACCUGCCUGCCUACAAAUGUUUGCAUAAUAUGUGAUGCGCUCUCACGUGGUUCGUGGAUGCUGACAGCAGAGGAGCACAUGCUACAGUGCUAGGAUUGUCAAAUUGUGAAAGACAACACCGUCUGCAUCCUGUUGUUUUGGUGGUGACGUUAUCUUUAGACUGUAGCAUACGCUGUAACUCCACUCAGGCAACUUGUCUGCCAGAUAUUUAACCAUUUAUUAACGGCAUGAUUUCUCAAAUAUUAAAAUUAUCUGUAGUAAGAUUAAUGUAAACGCCUAAUAUUGCACCAGUUUGUGAUGGCUAAUGCUCGCUAAUAGAGUCCCAAGCUAACCAUAUUACAUAAGCCAACUAGCUGUCCAAAGGCCUAUCUGAUCCAAACUUAUCAGAUCAACAGACAAACAUAAAACAGAUUUUUAUUCAGUACAGAUUUUCCCAAAGGGUGGCAUGUUUUCUUUCCUGAGCUAGCAUGUAAUUUAUUAGCGAAACAACUGUAUGUUUGGGUUGUUUUUUUUUUUUAAUACACAUGUUAUGUUACUAGCUUUGCUGGUGUCAUUUAGCUACACAGCCAAUAGUAUUUCAUAUAUCAGUAGACAAACAUGGCUAUCACUUAGCUGCACAGUUGUUAAUAUUUUACAUUACAAAGCAAAAGCUGGCUCUAUCAGUGAGCUAUAGGACAGUUAGCAUCCAAAAUGGCAGCCUGGUGUUAGCUUAAUAUCUGGUGUGUCAAGAGGCAAAUGUUAGCUUUAACACUGAGCUACACUGUACAAAAGUAUAAAAGAUGGACGCAGUCUCUGUGAUGACAUCUACCUAAAAACAGGAAAGUGUUUACUGAGGUCAGAGCAGAGUGCUGUUUCUCCGAGCUUUAUUUUUAAUAGCCCACUCGUGGCUAUUAAAAAGAUUGCAAGUUUAAGGACAAAGUACAGCAUUAGCAGCUGUGGCGCUUCACCCAUACAGCACAAAGAAUCAACCUGCAGUCAUUUAGUUUCUAGCUAAAUGUUGUAAACUAAAAAUUGCUUUUUUAAAUGACACAGUUAAUGGACAGAAGCAGUGGUAUGCAUCAAAUUGUCAUAUUAGCUGAAAAGAAAGAUGACGUUCUGUAAAGUGCUCUUAAUUUUCUUAGCCCAUCAGUAGGAACCAAUAAUUGGAGUAUUUUCUUCUUUUUAGGUUGUUGUUGUUUUUGUCAUUAUUACAUCUCUCAACCACUUUCAUUCUGAUUCAAGUCAGCUUUGAUGAACUACCUCACGCUGAAUUUCUGCCCGUUCUUGCAUAUAGUCGCCUGCAGAAUUAGCUGUCGAAGACAUGUGAAUAACAGAUUCCAUUAUUUAUUUAUUUGAAAGUGUACUAUUUGUCGGUUUCAACAGACUUCUAGUUUUGUACAUUAUGUAUACUUCACCUAGAAGUAAGAGAAUUGUUAUAUGUAUAUUUUUUUUGUUGUUGUUUUCUUUUUGUUUUUGAACUAAAUGUGCAAUACCUUCAGCAAACUGUGCGAGUAGUAUGUGAUGGGCCUAGCCUUUGUUAGCUGUCUCCUGAAGGUAAAGAAAAUGUUUGGUACUGUCAAUCCAUGUUUUGAUUUAUUUUUGAUUUUUUUUUUUUUUUUUUUUUUUUUUUUUUAAAUGAAUAAGAUCAGUUUUUAUUUCUGUGACUUGUUUAUAGUCAAAAUGUUACGUAUUUGGUCUUACCCGUCAAAAAACAAAGAAACAAACAAAAUCUUUCACCUGGAGUUUGAUGCAGAGACCGAAAGUUCUUUGACUCACAUAUGGGUGACAGAUUUUUGAUUUGGGGACAUGGUUAGAAUAAUAUUGUUAAGAAACACACACAAAAAAUGAGUCAAUACCUACGAGAAUUCAUUAUAUGUAUGGUGCUGGUUUGUAAUGUUUGCUAGUGAAUCCAGCCAUGCAAGUAGUUUUAAGAUUUCCUGGAUCUGCGACACCCAAAAAAACGCAACCCACAAAGAAGUGCACUACUAGAAUACAUGCAUUGGGAUCUGAUGAUGCCACCUCUUAAAAACUCAAAAAUGAAAAAAAAAAUGAAAAAAAUAAAAUAUACUGCAAAUAAAACAAAUACACGUUGAUUCAUUCAUUGUAUGUCUAUGUCUGUGAAUAAAGACAGAUGCAGUUCUUAAGGGUA